CCUCGCUUGUCGAUAGCCUCUCCCCAGAUAUGAGUCAAGUACGCUAGAAGAUUUUUUGUGUCAUACAGAAUACGCUACUAAUGUGAAAUGCGCUGAAUUGUGAAACUAAAAACUGUGUAAUUAAUAUGAGUCAGUUUAAGAGCAAAUGUGUUGAAAAAAAUGAUAGUAAAAAUGAAAACAGAAUAUUAUAGGAAUAAAAUGUAGAUUACAUCAAAGAUGAACGUUAAAUAAUAUAAAACUAGGUUAAGAUUAAUUGCAAGUUUAAUAGUAAGUUUAAAUAACAUGGGUUCAAUAUUAAAAUAGACUAAUAAUAAAUUCACACUAUAAAAAUUUCAACUAGGUAUAUGGACUUCACUCUUGUAUACGUGGCAACAGGGCAACACCUGAAUGACGUUUCGGGUUCAUGAUAUUUUAUGUUGAAAUUUCAAAAUUUUAUGAUACUUAUUGAUGUUAUGUGAUACCAGCGUCCUUGUUAUUCAUUAUUGUAUUAUUUCACUACAUAAACUGGCAUUUUACUUUCUAUUAACACCAAAUUUUAAUAAAACAUGUGACUGUGUGACUGAGUGUGACUGGCUCAUUGAAGGCUCGGGUACGCCAAUUUCAGCGUUACCGCAUUUGACAAAUACGCCGGCGGUAUCUAGUAGAGUGAAGCUAGACCAAUUAUUCAUCUAUGACUCAAGCUAUAAAACUCCAUCAUCUAUGACUGACUGUCAAAUUGUCAAUGUCAAGCGGUACCUACCAAAAUAUCAAAAUCAAACAAAUUUUGGCUUUACCGAUUAAUUCUGUUUUGCAAUUGUGUUAUUAACAAACUUAAUAGUGGUGCUGCGAUUUCAAGAAUUUACAGGCAUAUACUAAGUGUAAUAAAAAGUAAUGAUAUUAUUUUUAUUGGUAAUUUCAGGGACAACACAUUAAAAGUCCUGAUUACUUUACCCAUGACAAGAUCAUUCCUAAAAAAUGGAUGUAACUUCAAAUAAUUUAGCCUCUUUGCUUCAUAAGCUAUGUGUCAGUUUAUCACCUGAUCCAGAUGGUGCCUAUGAACUUGCAGUUUCAUAUUUGUCAUCAACAAGUGAAAAAACUCGUAGUAAUUUGGAUGAAAAGCUUCUUUGUCAAAAAAUUCAGUCUAGAUUGACUAAUAUCUCUACAAAAGAUGUUGAUAAAUUCAAUGAGUGUCACACAAAAUUAAAAACUUCAUUUGUUUUGAAACAACGUGUUUCAAUUCUGGCUUUGCUUUUAGCAUUGUCAGAGGCUCCACCGCAAUCAGAAUCUACCCAUCAGUUGUUUCCUAUACCCCAGUUAGCUUCAAUGCCAAGUAUUGGGUUUUCUGGUGGAACGUCAAGUUCAAGCAAGAGCACAAUAGGUUCAGUGAGCUGGGGCAGCCAAGGGGCCCCUAAACAUGUGGGAUCCAACCAGAGCCUUCCCUCCAAUAAGAGUAAUAUGGCUUUAGUUUUACAAACUAAUGGUCAACUAAAUGACAGCAAGUGUGUGCGUGACGCAGUCUUGGCAGCAACUGGUGUGAAAACACGUGGACUGAGCAGUGAAUCACGCCCUAUGCAGACUCUGUAUUCUCGUAUUGCGCACCUGGGCUUCUUACAUGAUAGACUCAAAGAAUUCAUUGACCCUAACUCAGGCAUAAUGCCUCAAGGACUGAUGGGUGAGGGUUUGGUCUCCUCUAUAAGAGAUGAACUAACAGAAUAUUAUCGGAGUGUUGCAUUACUUCAGUCACAGGCAUGCGAAGGGGACGGUGGCGGUGGAACUUUACGACGCGUGUGCGUGUGGGCUCAAGAACCUUUACAUCGUCUCACAUGGCUAGCAAGCAUCGCUCAUACAGCUCACCAUAAAAAAGGCGGUGAGCUAGCGUCGUGCGUACACCGGUUCGUUCGUCACGGCGACGAGCGCGUGGCGACGCUUGCACGCCGAUUGCUCACCGCACUCACGUACCCGCUGCUACUGAUGCUUACAAGGUGGUUGUUGCACGGAGAAAUCGACGAUCCUUAUAAUGAAUUCUUCAUUGAAAGCAGGUCUGGUGUUCCUAUCGAUAGGAUGUGGCAUGACAAAUACAGAGUAAGGGAAUGGAUGGUGCCUUCGUUCAUGUCGCGCGAGCAGGCGGCGCAGAUCCUCGCGACCGGCAAGAGUGUCGUAUUCAUGCGAGAGGCGUGCGCUGACGAGCCCGGCCCAAGCGACCACGCACACCACCUGCAGGCGUUACUCAAGUCUCAUACUGGAGGAUCAUCUAGCGUGGACAGCGCGGGUACAGCGUGGUGGGAAGCCGAAGGACUAAGAGCUGGCGUUGCCGCCGCCCACACCGCCGCCUCUCAGCGCCUACUGGCCGCUCUCACCACGCACCACCACCUGCUGGACCACCUGGCGGCCCACAGGCGCUACCUGCUGCUGGCGCAAGGAGACUUCGUCCACCACCUCAUGACCCUGUUGCGGGAUGAACUGAACAAACCAGCGACUUCACUUUAUGUGCACAAUCUAACGUGCACGUUGGAGGCGGCAGUGCGGGCCACAAACGCCCAGUUCGAGCCGCCGCAUGUUCUCGCGAGACUGCACGUAAAUCUUUAUCCGAACUGCGAUGGGCGUGACGACUGCGGAUGGGACGUAUUCGCGCUCCAGUACCGCGUGGACGGGCCACUGGGCACAUUGUUCCCGGCCACGUGCGCGGCGAAAUACCGCGCGUUGUUUACGCAACUAUGGCGUGUGAAGAGGAUAGAGUACGGACUGCACGAUGCAUGGCGCGAGCAUACCAUAUUGCAGAAGCGGCUCAAGUACAUGCCCGAGGUGUGGGGUCUGAUGCGUCGCGUGUCGUGUCUACGCGCCGAGGCUUUGCGUCUAUGCGGCGCGCUUCAAGAGGCGAGCUGUGUGGGUGCCGAGCUCGCGUGGGAGGAACUGGUCGCCGCCGCAGCCGAACGAUGCGACCUCGACCGACUGCUGCGACUGCAUCACCGCGCGCUCGACCGCCACUCCAUACACGCCAUGAUACACCACACCACGCAGGAGCUGCAAUCAUAUUUGGGCAACGUGUUAAAUGAAACACUUGCGUUGAGAAGUUUCGAAGCUACGUUGCAUAACGGGAUCAAUGCCGAACUAGAACGACGCGAGGGCAUCGAGCAAAUGAAAGCUGAGAGAGUCGCGCGGGGGGAAUAUGCAUUCACUGCAGCUGACGAAGCACAGGACAAAGAGAAACGAAAGAUCUUCCAUCAGUUCCUGGCGAGCAGAAAGGCUGAUUUGAACGUUUGGGCGCGAACUUACAGGGGCCACGUGACCACGCUGAUAUUGAAGCUGGCGCUGCAUACAGAAGUGUCGCUGCAAACACUUGCCUUCCGCCUGGAUUACAGUGACUUCUACAAGCGAGGCGAUGCGAAGCUGCACGAACCGCUCACCUACCAGCACAAGCGAUUAAGCGAGAUCGGACUCAACUUGGCCAAGAGCAAAAUUUUCGAUCGUACAAAAAAGAAGUGACACGUCGCGAUCGCGGAGCCGGCCGACACGACAGGCUGCGCGCCAUGGCUGAACUUCGUUUGCGUCCGUGCGACGUGAUCCUCGAUUCACAACCUUAUUAACUCUAUUUAAGACACAUAAUGCCCCAUAAGUGUACAAAUAAACUAACAAACGUGUACGAUUUUACUAAUAAAUUAAACCACAAAAGACUUGGUGAAUUGCCCCAUCUGUUAGCUCUCUAUUUAGUGCCAUUAAUUUGUUGUAUUACUACUACUUGUUAAUUGAAUGCAGUUGUAAGAAUAUGAUGUUUUUUACCAAAAAUGCCUCUUUUUU